CAAUUAUGCUAAUUAACCGCGUCAUUCUACUUUUCCAAUUUCAACUGUAGUUCAGUAUUUAGGAAAUUUCCCGAAUGAGAAGAAAAAGAAAGGUAUAAAACCGAAGAUAAAGGAAGCUAGAAAGGAUUUUACAGGGAAUCAUGGCUUUAUAACGAAUCAUCAACAUUGCAGCAAAAUCACACUUCUCAAUACUGUUUCUUCCCAUUCUUCAACUGUUGUUGGCCGGUGUUGACAGCAGUAAGAAACUAUAAUCUUUUCCCCCCACACUCGGCACAAUCAGAGAAGGUCUUCCUGUCUUCUGUGUAUUUUAUGAUUUUUCUGCACAGACUGGGAUAGGUUUUCCUGGUCUGUAAAUCAGUUGGAGAUGUUUUCCAAAUGAAGUCAUCAUCGUCAAGGCAUAGCUGAAAGUUCACCAUGCCUCGUAAGGCAAAUUCUGGAGUUAACUACCAGGAAGAUUUUGAUCACUAUGAAGAUUACAGUUAUGACGAUGAUGAUGGAUAUGAUUAUGCAGUGGAAGAUGGUGUGCCACCAGACACAAGGUCAAAACAGGAGUCGGUUAAGGCGGGGGUUUGGCGUUGUCCCAUUUGUACAUUUGAUAAUGAAGAUGCUAUGAAUGUAUGUGAUAUAUGUGGAGUCCUUCGUAAUCCAUUGGUCAAACAUUGUGUCGGCAGUAAAGAAAAUACAGAUGGUUCCCGUGCAGUUGGUGGCAUAUGUAAAGAUUCUGGAGCAUCUGUAAUGGCUGAGUCUCUAUUUCCAUCACUGCUGCUUCAGAAACCAAAAAAGGCUAUAAACUCUGAAGCACAGAAUUACUCUUUUAAGACCGAAGAUUGCUUUAACUUCUACAGGCCUGGAAAUAUGUGUGGACAGUUUCAUGAUUUAUACAGAGCUUUUUGCACUCAAAGCCACUGCAAGAUUGAUAUAGUACGUUUCAAGUUUGAAUCCCCAUCUCCAGACGAUUUAGUACUGAGUAGAAUAGCACCAUCCAGAUUACCUCCCAAAGCUGAUACUGACAAGGUCUUACAGUUAGAUACCCCUUCAAAUAACAAAGAACAGAGUACAGAAGUUAAAAUAGAAUUGGAAGGAGAUCCAAGUUCUUCAACAUCAUUAGCAAAAGUUAAACACGGUGAUUUGAAGGAUAGUGGUCCUUCUACGGAAAUUAGGGGAAAUAAUGGUGUAACAAGCAACUUAAAUGAUAUGUCUACAUCAUCAAAGCCUUGCAAUGUGGAUAUUGGAAAGAGUGACAGUGCAACAUCAAGCUCAAAGAGUAAGCCUCAGAAAAUUGUACAGCCUCCUCAAAUAGAAGACAACUUCAACCAGCUAAAUCUUGCAAUUGUUGGCCAUGUGGAUUCUGGGAAGUCAACACUGUCAGGAAGGUUGCUACACCUUUUGGGGCGGAUAUCCCAGAAAGAAAUGCACAAAUAUGAAAAAGAGGCUAAGCAGCAAGGAAAAGGGUCGUUUGCUUAUGCUUGGGCAUUGGAUGAGAGUGCUGAAGAAAGAGAGAGGGGAAUAACUAUGACAGUGGGUGUUGCCUACUUUAACACUAAAUGUUACCGUGUUGUUCUGCUUGAUUCCCCAGGCCACAGGGACUUUGUCCCAAAUAUGAUAUCAGGAGCAACACAAGCAGAUGCAGCAAUUCUUGUAAUUGAUGCUUCAGUAGGUGCAUUUGAAGCAGGUAUUGAUGCUACUGGAGGUCAGACGAGAGAGCAUGCACAACUUAUCAAAAGCUUCGGGGUGGAUCAGAUUAUAAUUGCUGUUAACAAAAUGGACGCAGUGGGAUACUCCAAAGAACGAUUUGAUGCAAUUAAGAAACAGUUAGGCUCAUUCCUCCGUGCUUGUAAGUUUAAAGAUUCUUCAGUAGCAUGGAUUCCCCUAAGUGCCAUGGCAAACCAAAAUUUGGUGACAGGUCCAUCAGAGUCACGGUUGUUGUCCUGGUUUCGAGGUCCUUGCCUAUUGGAUGCAAUAGACUCUCUCCAACCUCCUCAAAGAGAUUACUCGAAGCCAUUCUUAAUGCCAAUAUGUGAUGUUGUAAGAGCACAGUCUCAAGGACAAGUGUCAAUAUGCGGUAAGUUGGAGAGGGGAGCUCUUCAAACUGGAAAUAAGGUUUUAGUUAUGCCAUUCAGAGAAAUGGCAACAGUGCGUUCCUUGGAACGUGAUUCGCAGGUUUGUAACACUGCAAAAGCUGGAGACAGUGUUACUAUCAAUCUACAGGGUAUUGAUGCAAAUCAUGUGAUGGCGGGGGGUGUCUUGUGCCACCCGGAAUUCCCUGUUCCAGUAGCAAAUCAUCUGGAACUGAAGGUCCUCAUCCUGGACAAUGUCGUUCCAAUUUUAAUUGGCUCCCAGUUAGAAUUUCUUGUGCACCACGCUAAGGAGGUUUCAAGAGUUGUGAGGAUUGUGUCAUUGCUUGAUCCAAAGACCGGAAAGGAGACCAAGAAAUCACCUCGAUGUCUUCUGGCAAAGCAGAAUGCUGUAAUCGAGGUGGUUUUACAAGGAAUGGUUUGCAUUGACGAGCAUUCUAAUUGUAAAGCUCUUGGAAGGGUGUCCCUCAGAUCAUCAGGAAGAACCGUUGCACUCGGUUUGGUGACUCGAGUUAUAGGGAAGAAGGAAUAAAGGGGAAUCUCCAGUACUGGAAUGAGAAUCUUGGCAUGCCCAGAACACAGCAGCAAAGGUACCUGUGAAUAUCUGUAGCCUGAAAAAGAGACGACAUAGACGGCAGCAAAUUUAUCUUCUUCUGUAAAGUGACUGGUAUCCUCCUUUUUCUAUUUCUGAGGAAAAGUGGGAAUCAAUGGGGUGCUAGUCAUGCUUUACAUGUACAUUACAUUUAUUCUGAUAGGAUUGUUUUUCUUGUGCUUUAGCAUGACUAAUUUUAUUUGGUUCCUUUCAUAAUGUAUUAAUGUAUUAUUUACUCGGAAAAGCGCAGGCGCAUAGGUCGCGAAGCCGACAACUUUGAUU